AUGUUGAUGUCCAUGCACACGCCCCACGCCACGAUCUGCCGCCAACGGCUCCCGCUACAACGCAACCCCCUUCCAAUGCAUUCCCUCGUAUUUCGCCGUGGCCACGCUCCUCUGUUCGAAUGGUGGCUAUCUACGGAUACGUAUACGGAUACAGACAGAUAA